UGUUUUAUUUGACAGCAGUAAUUGCAGUUUGUCAAGUUUGGUCAAGUCCUACUAAUAGUGAAAGUGACACGCAAACAAAACCUUAUCAUACUGCAGUGCUUUUAAAAUAGACAAGAAAUAAAGUUAAUUAUCCUUAUAAGUUAUAAUGUCCGCUAUCGAUGAAUUACAAGCGAAAAUCGCCGAACUGAAAAAUGAAUUGGAGCACCAGAAAAGCGCGACACGCGCAGCUCGAGAACGAAUUGAUAAAAUGUCGGCAGAAGUAGUAGACUCCAAUCCUUAUAGUCGUCUCAUGGCGUUACAACGUAUGGGCAUUGUUAAAGAGUAUGAACGUAUUCGCGAAAAAACUGUGGCUGUCGUAGGAAUUGGUGGUGUAGGCAGCGUAACAGCUGAUAUGUUAACGAGGUGUGGCAUCGGCAAAUUGAUACUCUUUGACUAUGACAAGGUGGAACUGGCAAAUAUGAAUCGACUAUUUUUCACGCCUGACCAGGCCGGUUUGUCCAAAGUGGAAGCAGCUGCACGCACUUUAAGCUUUAUUAAUCCUGAUGUACGCAUCGAGACUCAUAAUUAUAACAUCACCACAGUAGAAUCAUUCGAUAAAUUCUUGCACACUAUAUCACACGGUGGCAUACAGACCGAUACACCAGUUGAUCUGGUGUUAAGCUGUGUUGAUAACUUUGAAGCACGCAUGGCUAUCAACACUGCAUGUAAUGAGCUCGGUUUGAAUUGGUUCGAAUCAGGUGUAUCUGAGAAUGCCGUUUCCGGACAUAUACAAUUUAUACGACCCGGUGAAACGGCUUGUUUCGGUUGUGCACCACCUUUGGUAGUAGCAGAAAAUAUUGACGAAAAAACUCUGAAACGUGAAGGAGUAUGUGCUGCUUCCCUACCCACUACUAUGGGUAUAACAGCGGGUAUGUUGGUGCAAAACACACUCAAAUAUUUGCUCAGUUUCGGUGAAGUGUCGGACUAUUUGGGUUAUAAUGCAAUGAAUGAUUUCUUUCCACGUAUGAGUCUGAAACCGAAUACUCAAUGUGAUGACCGACACUGCCAGGAACGUCAAAAAGAAUAUCAAGCACGUCCAAAAGUUGUAGCCGAAGAGAGUGCAGUUGAGGAUGAUACACCAUUGCACGAAACAAAUGAAUGGGGCAUUGAGCUAGUCGAUGAUUCGCCACCGGUGGCAGAAGCAACAAGUGCAAGCAGUGAAGUUGCAGCCGGUUUACGUUUAGCAUAUGAGGCACCAGAAAAUACCACGGAAAGCGUACCUACAAUUGCCGCUGCUGCUAACGUGGAUUUAGAUGACUUAUUUGCUCAAAUGAAGGCGUUAUAAGAAAAGUGAUACAUCUACUAAUUUAUUCCAAUAAUUAAGGUUAAACCAUAUUGCAUUAUUUUUUUAUAGUUACUGCUUUGAUAAUAUUAAUGAUCUUAAGAGAUUAAAAAAAAUAAAAAUAUUUAAAGCUAAAAACUAUGAAACGUAAAAACAUAAUCCUUUUUAAUUUUUUAAAUUUCACUUUUUUACAAAAGACUAUUUUGGUAUGAUUGUAAAUCAAUUUCUUUAAUACUAUUUCUAUCAUACUAAAGGCAACCCUGCAUAUUUUGUGGCAAAGAACCGAUUGAUAUUCACUGAACACCCCAAACACAAUCUGUCAAGCGGCAAAUUAUUUGUUGUCGUGUACUAAUAGUGAAUUGCAUUCAAGUUGUUAAAAUUUUUCUCAUUUCAACUUAAGUGUGCUUUAACAUAGAACUAAUUUCCUAAUGGCUAAUAAAAAAGAAGAGAAGCCACAACCAGAAAUUGAGGU